CUUGCGGAGUGUUAUUUGGCCUCGGGGACCCGGCUUAGGCACAAGAUGGCCGCCGCGCGCCCGGAGCCCCAGAUUCCGAGCUCGCCGACGCGGGAGUCGCGAUCCCCAGAACCGCCGGACGUGGUCCUGGUGCCUGAUGAUGGCCACUCUGCCAUACCCCCAAGUGAUCUCAUUGAGAUCCAGGUAGUGAAAGUCACCGACACCACGUUGGUCCCUGAGCCCCCCGAGCCAGGAUCUUUUCACUGUGCCCUGUGUCCAGCUGCCUUCCGCCUGGUCUCGGACCUGCUGUUUCACGAACAUGGCCACCUGGCAGGCGUGGAGGGGGUUGGGCAAGGUGGAGACUCAAGCCGAUGUCAUGUGUGUGGCCACAGCUGCCCAGGUCCUGCCAGCCUGCGAGCGCACUACAGCUUACACACUGGAGAGCGGCCUUACCGCUGCCCGAUCUGCCCACGCGCCUUUAAGGCCUUGGCACCUCUGCUCAGGCACCAGCACCGACAUGGGGUGGAGCAGCCGGGCACCUCUCGAAGGCUUCCGCUUACAGCAUCUGCCCCAGCGCCAAGCCCAGGGGUGCCCCAGGAGAGGUCAGAAGUGUUGGCUGCGGGGGCCGCGGUGGGCAAGCCGUUUGCCUGCAGGUUUUGUGCCAAGCCCUUCCGCCGCUCCUCAGACAUGCGAGACCACGAGCGCGUGCACACAGGGGAGCGGCCUUACCACUGCGGCAUCUGUGGCAAGGGUUUCACACAGUCCUCGGUGCUGAGCGGCCAUGCCCGCAUCCACACCGGUGAGCGCCCCUUCCGCUGCACCCUUUGCGAUCGGACGUUCAACAACUCCUCCAACUUCCGAAAGCACCAGCGCACCCACUUCCAUGGGCCGGGGCCUGGGGUGGGCGACUCUGGAGGCCAACUGGGAUCAUCAUCGGUGGCCAAGGGGUCAGGGAGUGGGUGUGGGACAGAGAACACUCUGGAAGAAGGGCAUGAAGAGACUGCGAAGGUGAAGCUUAACCAGUAGGCUGGGAGAGCAGAGCCUUGGAAGUUAACUCGAAGUAGGAAGCAUAGUGUCAGGAAGUGGUGGGCGGGCAAAAAGAGGCAGAGAUAAAGAAUUGAAGUUGGAGAGCAGAGGGAGGCAACUGGGUUCUGGACUCCCAGAGUUCCAAGCUACACAUAUGUGAGGCUCAGGAAAGGGGCACCUGCAGUUUGGUGGUACCAAGCUAAAUGUGAGAAUACAGACUGCUGGGCAUGGUGCCCCUGUAAUCUCAGUGCUCUGGAGGCUGAGGCAGAAGGAUGGUGAGGUCCAGACCAUGCACAGCAAGACCCUAUAUCCCAUCAUCUGGUCCAGUCCUUCAUCUGUACAGCCCUAGAUUACCCAGGGGGCUCCUUAAAGUGGACCAGGAUGGAAUCUUUUGCCUACAUCAACUGGAUCACACUGUAUCCAGGAUGCCUGCCUAUCCCCAGGAAGAUGCCCACCAGGCCAUAAAGAAAUGGCUGAGAUGCCUUCACCGCAAAGCCAGACAGUACCCAAACCAUACUUGGGAGUCCUCAAAUCUCUAGGAUAUGAGCCUGGUAACAGAGAUUAUUAACUCUAAGCUCUGCUCCUCCCACCCCAAGGUGGUCCUUCCUUAACCCAGCAAACCAACACAUCCCCUUCCUAAAGCUUUAGGCCCAGUGCCUGUAGUCUCCUUUGUCUACAAUGCAGCCUGUUCCUGUUUUCCCACACUCUAAAGUGGACAACUUCCUGUCUAGUUCCAGGCAGUUCUGAGGAGCACUUGGCUAAUGCCAACACAGUGGGCUGGCACAGGGUGUGGAUAAGAGGAGUCACUGUGGUGAGGGUAGGACUUGGGAGAUGGAGGGGAGGGAAACCUCCAGUCUAUUCCUAUUAAAAGUUUCUAAAGGGC